AUGAGCGUUCCUAGAGUUUAUGCGCUAGGAAACGCACCAAUACUGCCCCUGUUAUGUCAUGAAAUCGCUAGCUUGAGUAUUCAGCCUAAGGUUCCAGAAGUUGUACUGCUCCUGCAGGACCAGAAAAAGUUGGGUAGAUUUCUCAACAACGAUUCUAAGCUCACUAUUCAAACAGAGUACAAUUCUGACCAAAAAUAUCAGCAAUUUAUGGCAUCAUGUUCUCCUCCGGUAUAUGCUACAGGUGAACUAGUCCGAAUGAAGAACUUAAUUGUGGGUGAGUGUAGACCAAAGUCCUUUACUAUGUCACUCCAGAAAUAUGCGCAAAGCAUCGAUUCUGAUACUAACAUCCUAUUGCUGAAUCCAACGUUUGGACUAAUAGAUUUCCUAUACAGAAACCUGUGGGUGUACGAAAAAGACCGACCAAAUGUUUUCAUUGGCGAAGGGUGCACUGAUCAAGGCAUCCUGAGCGCGAGAGAAUUUACUUUGAAGUUUACGGGAUAUAAGGAACCAUUUAACAUCAGCUCUGUUCCUAGAAGUCUAGAUGAGUACGAUCAUGAAGUUGAGCUGCAGAGAGUUGCACAAUUUGAAAGAGAGAAUGAAAUGUUGAGGCUGUUAAAUAUGAUCAACAAAGAGGAAACACUUUGCGCACUAAAUGUCGUUAAUUAUCCAUAUGGAGAUUUAUUACUUAUUCGUUACGAGAACUUGAUAUUAAAUUCUUGUAUUCAUCCUUUGGUUGCUAUUUUUGAUUCACAGAACAGUUCCGAGCUUUUGCAAAGUAAACAUGCUAUGAGUUUGGUCAAACAGUUGAUUCACGAACAAGUCAUGAUACUACGUGCGAAUAACAAAUUUCUCUUUUCAAUACCAAAUGCGACAGUAGCAUUAAAUGAGAAUAGGCUAUAUGACUUGGUCGUGUAUAAACUUAAAUUCAAUCCAUUUCCCAAAAUGACUAAAGACAUAAGUAUCUUGAAUCGGACGGAUGUUAAUUAUUUGAACGGUUAUUUCAGUAGACUGGCACAAAAAAAGGGAAUCAAUGCUGCCCUCAAUGAUUCCUUGACGAAAAUAGUCAAGAGUAAGGUGGAUUUAAUGAGAAACAGAGUUUUAAAUUAUAAGUACUUGUGA